AGCUGUCGCUUGGGACGGUCAACAAGGAAAAACCCAUCAACAACCAACAUGAACACACUACUCCACCAGCAGAAACCAUCGACCACCACCACGUCUGCUCAUCAGCAGCCAGGUGAGGGUACUACCAUCAGCCAUUCACACAGGGGGAAGACUCUGUCGGUCUCGUCAAUCACCUCCGAGUCCGAAGCAGAAAAACUCAGAGUCUUAGCCGAGACCAAGAACUUCCUCAAGGAUCGUGAUACGCUUAUCACUGUCAUCGAGCAAUCUGACCAACUGAUCGAUAGAUUAAAUCAAUUCGCUCAAGCUCACUGGUCAUUGGUCCACCCUCAACUCCUUAACCAACCGACCAACGGCAUCGAACAGAACUCUCCACAAUCAACUGCCAAUGCUCUCAACAUCCUCUGUCUCGACAACCUCUCCGUCCCCCACCGCCGAACCUCAGGUGGCGGUCCUGGGGGGUUCAAGGAUAUCGAUUCGUCCCUCUUGACCAACCAUCAGUCAUUGGCAUCAUCCAUGCUCUGUUCCCGUCUUCAAUCAGUCCAAACCCAUCUGGCCGACCUGCGAACCAGAGUCCUUGACCGUAACUCUCGGAUUCUUGUCACCGGUGACCUGAACGCUGGAAAAUCCACCUUCGUCAACGCACUCCUGGCCCGUGAGGUUGCGCCGACUGACCAGCAACCUUGCACCGAGGUCAUGUGCGAGAUCCUUGACAAGUCGCACAUCAACUCUCCACUUGAACAGAUCCAUGCUAUUCCUCAUGGCUCGGUUUAUGACAUCGAAAACCCAAAGACCUAUGUGAUCUUCCCCAUCGACAAACUCCAAGAGCUUGUCAACGUUGGAAAUGAGGAUAGUGAGGACAGCGGUGAAGACGAGAACCGUUCGAGUCCCUAUCAGCUCCUCAAAGUUUACAUCUCUGGCCCCGACACCCGUAAAGCUCAAUCAGAGGAAGGCUUGAAUGCCACCAAUGCGGUAUCUUUGUUACGACAGGGGGAUGUAUCAGUCUCCUUUAUUGAUUCCCCCGGUUUGAAUCGCGAUACACUCUCCACAAUGGAGUUGUUUUCCAAGCAGUCCACCAUUGAUGUUGUGGUCUUCGUUGUCAGUGCCGAGAAUCAGUUCACACUCUCAGCUCAAGAGUUCUUAUGGGCGGCCAGCCAAGAGAAGGCCUACGUCUUCGUCGUUGUCAACAAGUGGGGAGGGAUCCGAGACAAGGUCAAAGCUGAACGAAGGAUCAGGGAACAACUUCGUAAACUCAGUCCGGCUACUUGGCAGGAACGAACUGAACUGGUCCAUUUCGUCGACUCCCAAGAUGCCAUCUUGAAUACCCAAUCAAAGGCGCCAUCCGGUGAACAAGGAAUUACAGCUGAAAUCGAGCCGUUUGAUCACUUGCAACGCUCGCUCUCCUCAUUCGUCUUCCUUCGUCGCUCAAUCUCUAAGCUUCAACCUGCGCAGACUUAUACUCGCAACCUCCUGCAAGACCUCCAGAUGGUAACCGCAACUAACAUGGAAGCUGCCAAGAACUUUUACGAGGAAGCUCAGGCGAAGCUUGAAAAGGUCUUACCUCGUUUCAAUAAAUUGUCUGCAAAUUCUCAUCUAGUAGACGAGACUAUUGGCCAGAUCGAGGAGAACACCGUUUCACUUGUUUACAAAAACAGUCGAAAAAUUCUUGCUAGUGCCCUAAGGAAUAUCCGCGAAGGCAAACCUGCUCAGCACGUACCGACUCAGCCCAACUCACCAGAGCCGUACUUUCCAGUCUAUGAUGGUCUGCUGUCCAUCUUUCACUACGCAGAGGAGGUGCGAAAAGUGCUGAUAAGCUCAUUAGAGGAGAGUGUUAAGCUCGCCGAAAACGUCGCCCGAAAGUCGACCUCUAAUGCAGUGGAAGCCAUUCAAGAAAAUUCAGUGACCAAGAACCUGUUGGAAGAUGACGAGCAAAAUGAACGCACAGCCGAGCGCAAAUUCAACCCUCAAGCGAUGUUUUCAAAGACGAGAAAGUUCCCACUGACUACAAGUCCUACCCAACGGGGCCCAUACGGACAUUGUGCCAGUACCUUAGGGAUUGCCACUGUGGCUGAUUUAGUAGACUUCGAUAGACUCAACUGGUUCAAGUCUUCAUCCUCUUCCAAAUCCAUCGAAAAGUAUCUCAACAGUAGCAGUGGAACUGCUACCGGUCUCGUCGGCUCCCUCGGCUUAGGCACGUUGACUCUCUUUGGAACCGGUGUGUCCAGUGGAAGAGUCUUCGUCGAUGCGCUCGUCAAACUCUCUGAAUUGGCUGGGACUAAAGGGUUCAGAAAAUGGACCGGGACCAUCGUUGCUGUCAUUUCUGUUGGGUUUGGGGUUUAUCUAAUUAUGGAUAUCCCUCGAGCGAUCCCACGAAACAUUGGGAAGAAAUUGGAACGUGAAUUAAACGAGAUGAUUCAUUCAUCGAGCACCUCAAGCAUCCAACGCGGGGUAAGAAAGGGAGAGGUAGCAGGGGUUUCGGAUGAACAUCCCGAGUUGCGAGAGAUACGUUGGAUGGAUUACGAGUUAGAUCGAAUGGCUAAGGAGACCCGGAAAGUCGUCCGUCUCACUGGGUUCGACCUUCGUGAAAAAUUCAGAUCUUGUUUCGAGAAAAUCUCGGCCCAAACUUCGCAAGCUCAAGUCGACCUCGAACAUGCUAUGGAUGUUCAGGCUUGGCUCGCUCAGUUCGAGGCUGACCUUUCUUCCUCUCUCGAUACCUGUCUUUCCGUCGGAUCCACUGAUUUGCGUUCCCCGGAUCAUUUCCUGGGAUCUGCUCCUUCUACUACUUCUUGAUCCCGUCUACCUCUGUCUCCUUCGCCCUCACCCUCCACAUUAGAUUUGUUUCUCUUUUUGUAUUUUUUUUUACUUUGUCUACUGCUUUUUUCCCUUCACUCGAAUACACAUCAUUAACCAAAAAAAAAACGUAUAUAGAUCUCAGAUAUCAUUCCAGUUUGUCUGUUUUAGUCAUAUACAUACAUUUAAUGUCUACAUCAUGAUCUUCCUAAUCAAUCAUACCUUAUACAACAUCAUUUUUUCCCCUUUUUUUUCUGUAAAUUUGCAUCAUUCACACACUCCUUACUCUGAUUGUUUCUGAUUGUUUAUAUAUCAUGUUUCAUAUCUUUAUUUUCUUUAGGUUUUGCUCUUUUUUCUGGCAAAACAUGACUGCAUGCACACAAAAAAGUCAAGUAUGGUGUUAUUUGUGGCUGCAAAUGAUUCUUUUGUUACAUCAAAGGGUUUCUGGAGAUCUGAUAAAUACAUCAUUCAUUUUUGUUUUUGCGGUUUGGUUAUUGGAAAUGAAAAACAAAAAACCUAGGUUAGAUUGAUGCUUCAAUACA